CGCAAGUUGUUUCCGCCUUCUUAAAAACAGUUUCUUCUUCAGUGGUCUGGUCUCAGCUAUACCAAAGCCGGUCUCCUGUCUAUAUAUUAGAAGUCUAUAUUUCAUAUAUAUUAAAAUAAAUAAAUAAAAUGUCUUUGUCUGUGGAUGGAAACAAGCCAAAUGAGGAGGCAACGGAUCAGAGGGACACCAGUGAGCCCAGCCGGUUGGAGUCUUGUUUGGAUCAACCAAUGGGUUCGAGCAGCGUCCACGAAGACAUCAAGUACCUGCCCUCACCGCUACCAGCCGAACACUACGACGCCGACACCACCGAACCGAUCAGCUGUGGUCUUCAAACUUUGGAGGAGCUGUUGUCGUGGAAACGAAGCGAGGCCAACCCCUUUAAUGUGGCAGCAGUCCCUCUAGCACCUCGGGAGCCUCCUCUGGCCAGUUGUCCACGUCGGACCUUGGUGUCUCAUGAUAUGAUGGGCGGCUACCUAGAUGACCGGUUUGCCCAGGGGACCAGUGCAGAGGCUCCAUAUGCCUUCUACCACUGGCAGUACAUUGACAUCUUCAACUACUUCACACACAAAAUGGUGACAAUUCCUCCGGCUGUGUGGACCAAUGCUGCACAUAAACACGGCGUCGUCGUUCUGGGGACGUUUAUCACAGAGUGGACGGAUGGCGCCGCCGUGUGCGAGGCCUUCCUGAAAGACGAGGAGUCGUACCGGGCCGUGGCUGAUAAACUGGUCCAGAUCAGCUACUGUUACGGCUUCGACGGCUGGCUCAUUAACAUAGAGAACCCCCUCAGCAAGGUUGCGGUGGAGAACACACCUUUGUUCCUGCGCUACCUCACAGACCAGAUGCAGGAGCGAGUGUCCGGCAGCCUGGUCCUGUGGUACGACAGCGUGAUCGAGAGCGGACAGCUAACGUGGCAGAAUGAACUCAACACGUCCAACAGGAUGUUUUUCGAUGCUUGCGAUGGCUUCUUCACCAACUACAACUGGACCGAGCAGAACCUGGAGUGGAUGCGGGACUACAGCGGGGUCCAGGGCCGCCAGGCUGACGUCUACGUCGGGGUGGACGUGUUCGCCCGAGGCAAGGUGGUGGGAGGAAUGCUGGAAACAAAUAAGGCGCUGGAAGUCAUUCGGAAGCACAACUUCUCGGCAGCCAUCUUUGCUCCAGGCUGGGUGUACGAGACCCACAGCGAUAAGACCCAAUUCCGUAAGAAUCAGGACAACUUCUGGGCUCUUCUGUCAGACUACCUGUACAUCCAUCGGCCAGCCUCUCCCCUCCCCUUCAUCUCCUCCUUCUGCCAGGGCUUUGGGAAGGCUAUCUACUGGAGAGGACAGCGUGAGGAGAACAGGAGCUGGUUCAACCUGACGGCCCAGGAGAUCCAGCCCUUGUACUACCAUACGGAGCUGGAGGGCCAGGGCUCGCCGGAGGGCCAGGGAUCGCCGGAGGGCCAGUGCCAGGGCUGGCUGAGCAGCCGCGGCUGCCCCGAGGACGCCUGGAACGGCGGCUGCUCGCUGCUGCUGGACGGACUCAUCCCCGCCACUCACACCUCUCCAGUUUGUGCCAGGAUCUUCUCCCUCCAUGUACCCCUGGCGUCCAAGACCCUGGUGACCCUCAUCUACAAGCCGUCGGCUGGGAUCAGAGUUUCCCUGGAGCUGAAGACAACCGACGCCAGCCUCUGCACACACAACGUCCAGGACGUCAAACUUGUGCCUCCCGUGGCACUGGAUGACCGGCUCCAGAUGUUGAGCCUGUUCACUCAGCUGUGCGGCAACCUGAGUCCAGAUGGCUGGAUCGUCGGGUGUUCCCAGCUGGAGCUUCGGGGCUGUGAUCUGAGAGAAGUUUGUCUCAACAUCCAGCGGAAUGGACAGCCUCAGGACACAGCUUUCAGCUGCCGGGUGGGAGAAAUCAUGCUCUUGGACGUAGCCAGUCUGCAGGUCCCCCCUGAGCUGGUUCGGGGCUUGUGCAUCUACGACGUGGUGUGGCUGCGUGCUGCCGGGACCUCGCCGGAGUCCACCUCCCUCUGCCUGCACCUGAACGCCACCUUGCGCUGGGACUACCCCACCCAGCUCGUGCGCCACUUCCGGGUGUACUGGCGACGGCUCAGAGGACCCGACCCCCGAAUCCCCCCGGGUCAGCUGGUUCUGGUGGGCCGGGCGUAUUCGAAUAUUUUCAGAGUAACGGAGCUGGUGGUGCCGGAAGCACCCAGCCUGCUGGAGCUGGUGGUGGAGCCGGUGAUCAGGAAGGGCUUCCCGGUCCCGGAGAGCCACUGGGGAAGAAGAAGCCUCAGCUACACAGAGGACUCAACACAAUGACUCGACAGAACCGUUAUCAGGCCGCUUCUCCUUGACUCUUUAGUGAAUGCUACUGCCAUUUAACCAGGUGACCCUAUUUCUGGCAGCCACAUUCUGCUUUUAUGAUGAAUCAUGCACAUGUUAAAAGGAGCACUUUAGUAACCUCCAAUUUGUUUUUGGCUCAGAAGACAAAAUGUCUCAGUACAGAUAUUCUAGGUCCCCAGAAGACUGAUCUUUUUCAUCUAAUCAAAUGGGCUGGCACCAAGUUCGCCACAGGAUGAACUGUAAAGGCCCAGAUAUACUUGCGUUUAACUACGCGUACGUAAGAUGGCUGCCACGCGUAUCCUGCGUUCUUUUGGAGCGUAGGUUGUGCACGUCUUCAGAAAUUAACACUACGCAUCCGCAAGAUGCAAUUCAGCACACGAACGUGGGAGCAGCAUAUCGUUUGACAGGCAGGUCGACAGCUGUUCCACACUGCAGCCAAGGAAUAUCUUCCGGUGUCGGCCGGGGACGAUAUGGCCCUGAUCUGCCCCCUAGUGGAUAUCCUACUGUACGUUUAAUCCUCCAGGUACACGCAAAGUACGCAGGCAAGUAUGUAAACAAUGCCGUUGGCGCCGCUGUCUACACGUACGCAUCGUUAAAAAGCUAGUAUAUCUGGGCCUUAACACGUCUACAGCCAUGCUAGCAGCUCUGUCAGGCUGUACUGAGCUAAAUGCUAACAUCAGCAUGCUCACAAACACAAUGUUAAUGUUUAGCAGGUAUAACGUUUUCCAUGUCCACCAUCUUAGUUUAGCAUGCUAGCAUGUGCUAAAUAGCUUUAAACAUACAGUACACUGAGGCUGAUGUGCAGGUUUGUGCUUAUAUUCGAGAAAAUAAAAAGUUGACCUGAUGAUGGCACUAAAUGAA